CCGAGCCACCCAGGCUGCCUGGGCUGGAGGGCUCCCUCUCCCGCCGCUGGGGAGGAACUAGACAGAAUCCCGGCGGUCCAAGGGCGUGCUUGGCUGGGGAAAUGAGAGGACGAGACCUGGUGAAGGGCCGAGGAGGGCAGCACUGAUGCUAGUUGGAGCCGGGACUACCAGCCUCUGGCGAUGAGAUGAGCAAGGCAACAGAGAUGCCCUAGCCCGGUGCACGCGCCGGGCAGAGCGCGCAGGUGGGGCUAAGCUCUCCAAGGUGCGCCCGGCGCGGGUACCCAGCCCGCGGGAGGAUGGGCGCCGACGCCCCGGGGCCUCACCCGUCGCUACAGCCCCAGAGCCCGCAGCAAACCCGGCGGCUGGCCCGCGCCCUGUGCUCAUGGACGGCGGUUCCCGGCCGGUGGCGGCGCGCUCCCGGGCUGUGAAUGCGACUCGUCCCUCGGCGGCGCCCCCCGCCCGCCCGCCGGGACGUGGUAGGGGAUGCCCAGCUCCACUGCGAUGGCAGUUGGCGCGCUGUCCAGUUCCCUCCUGGUCACCUGCUGCCUGAUGGUGGCUCUGUGCAGCCCGAGCAUCCCGCUGGAGAAGCUGGCCCAGGCGCCGCAGCCCGGCCAGGAGAAGCGCGAGCACGCCUCUCGGGACGGCCCGGGGCGGGUGAACGAGCUCGGGCGCCCGGCGAAGGACCAGAGCGGCAGCGGCCGGGACUGGAAGAGCAAGGGCGGCCGAGGGCUCGCCGGCCGAGAGGCGUGGAGCAAGCAGAGGCAGGUUUGGGCCGCCCAGGGAGGGGGCGCCAAAGCCGGGGACCUGCAGGUCCGGUCCCGCGGAGACACCCCGCAGAAGGAACCGCUGCUCAGUGCAGCCUUGCAGGACUCUAUGGUGCCUGACCUGGCGCCCACGCCCGAGCCCCCGGAGGAGUAUGCGUACCCCGACUACCGCGGCAAGGGCUGCGUGGAUGAGAGCGGCUUCGUGUACGCGAUCGGAGAGAAGUUCGCGCCCGGCCCCUCGGCCUGCCCGUGCCUAUGUACUGAGGAAGGGCCACUGUGCGCGCAGCCGGACUGCCCGAGGCUGCACCCUCGUUGCAUCCACGUCGACACUAGCCAGUGCUGUCCGCAGUGCAAGGAGAGGAAGAACUACUGUGAGUUCCGGGGCAAGACCUACCAGACUCUGGAGGAGUUCGUGGUGUCUCCGUGUGAGAGGUGUCGCUGUGAAGCCAAUGGAGAAGUACUGUGCACAGUAUCUGCCUGUCCUCAGACUGAGUGUGUGGACCCAGUGUAUGAACCCGACCAAUGCUGCCCCAUCUGUAAAAAUGGUCCAAACUGCUUUGCAGAAACGGCUGUCAUCCCCGCGGGCAGAGAAGUGAAGACAGACGAGUGCACCAUUUGCCACUGUACCUACGAGGAGGGCACGUGGAGGAUUGAGCGCCAGGCCAUGUGCACCCGGCACGAGUGCAGGCAGAUGUAGGCUGGGCCACACAGAGACGCUGCCUUUCUUUUCUAGGAUAUUUUACUGACUAGAACACUCUAAAUGACUUUGGAAAAUAUCAGAAAGAGAAGACUUUGGAUGAAUGAGGAGUUAUGGAAAACUGUUGAUACUUUUGCUCUUCUUGGUAACAAUUACUCCAAGAGAAAUGGAUACAUUUCAAAACAUCAACAAGAACUUUGAGCAUAAAAUCCCUCUCUAAAUAAAUGUGCUAUUUUCACAGUAAGUACACUAAAGUAUACUAUUAUAUAUGAAAUGUAUUUCUAUAAUCCCUCUACUAGAGAGCUGAUAUAAAUGUUUUCUAUAGAUACAGAUUAAAAAUGCUGUGUUGUCAAACAUC